AUGAAGGAAUUUCAAGUAAAGGAUAUUUUUAGUAAGUGCCAGAUUUAUAGUGAGAACAAGAAAGGACUACACAACAUUUAUCAUAUAUUAAAAAAUGAUGAAAACAGAAAAAAUGAGAAAAAGAUAAAGGAAGUAUUUAAAUAUAUAGAUAAUAUUUUAAAACAAGAUUUUGAAAAGGAUAUUUUAAGUAUACCUAUAGCUUUAUUAAAAGAAAAUGAUAAGAAAAUUAUUUUUAAUAACUUAAGAAGAUUAUUUAAAUGUUUCUUCAUAUUUGUUGGGCAGCAAGAAUAUAUAGAUUCCUUAUCAGACUUUUUAUUUUAUUUAUAUAAAUAUAUGAGAAAGGCAGAUGUAAAGAAGACAUACAAAGUGUUGAGAAAGUAUGUGUCUUUUGAGACAAAAGAGGAAAAAGAAAAAAAUAAUACAAAUAAUAAUAAUAAUAAUAAUAAUGAUAAUAAUAAUAAUUAUAAUAAUCAUAGUGAUAAUAAUGAUAAUAAUCAUAGUGAUGAUAAUAAUUUCAUUACAAGUGGUAAUAAACUUGAUAAUAUAAAAAAUAAAUACACAAAUAUCAAAGAAAAUAAUUUUUUUAGAAAUAAAUUUUUGUUUCAUUUUAUAUUUCAUAGCAACAUUUUAAUUUAUUUAGAAAAAUUAAAAAAAGAAGAUAGCAAAAAUCUAACAUCAGAUGAACAUUAUUUUUUUAUGAAUUUAAAAAAUAAUAUAUUAAAUAAAAAAUAUAUAUUGACAUUAAGUAAUUAUAUUCCUUAUAUUGUUUUAAGUUAUCCUUCUUUUCCUUUAUUUCUUGAAAAUUUAUUUAAUAUAUUUUUUUUUGUUAGAAAUAAUUUAAUGACCUUCUUUAUAAAGAAUAUAUAUAAAAAAGUAGUAGGGUUCAUAUAUUUGAAGAAUACAGAUAUAAAUAAAAGAUUUACUUUAAAAAAAUAUUAUAAUCUUUUAAUAUAUGUAUAUUUUUUAUACAAAAUAAAAAUUGUCAUAUCUAUAUAUUUAAAUCAUAAUCAAUAUAUUAUGUUGAAUGAUAUUUUAUAUGAUAACAAUAUUAUAGAAUUAUAUAUAGAUAUAUUAAAAGAUUUUAAAAAUACUAUAUAUUUUAUAUUCAACACAAUUAAAGAUAAAAAUAAUGUAAAUAAUGCAAAAGGAAAUCAUUCUUUACAAUUCUGUUUAAUCAUUUUAUAUCUAAUUAAUAUUGUAUAUUCUAAUCAUAAUGAUGUUCUAAAUAUAUUUUUAUCUAAUAGUAAAUUUAAUAAAAAAAUAUUUUUUCUAGACAAAUAUAAAAAUAUCUUUUCUCAAUAUAAUAACAUGUAUAAUAUUUUAUUUAAACAUACAAAAUCAAAAACAUAUGAUGAUAUAAAAAUGUAUGCUCAACUUAAAAAUAAUAUGUAUAGUAAAAGCCUCCAUCUAAAGAAGACUAAUAAUAAACAUAAAAAUUAUAAAAACGGAAUUAUAAUCAAAGACAAAGGUAAUAAUCACAAUAAUAUUCAUAAUAAUAAUGAUAAUAAUGAUGAUGAUGUGAAUUCUUUUUUCUUUAUGAAGAAAGAAAAAAAUUACAAUUAUUUAAAAUAUAUAAGAAAUGAUCUGUUGCAAAAACAGAUACAAGAAAAAGAAGAAGGAGGAGAAUAUUCUCUUGUAUAUGUUUUAUUAUUUUUUUAUCAUCUAACAACAAGAUUUAUAAAAAUAUAUGACUACACUUGUGAUUUGAAUAACAUGGUUUUUUUUAAAAAAUUUUUAUUAUAUAAAAUAAUAAAAGAAAAAAAACAUUUAAAUAAUAAACAUAUAAAUGAUAAGAAAAAAUUAUCAGUACAAAAUAAACAUACAGAUAUAAAUGCAUUUACAAAUAAUGUUAUAACAGAAAAUUAUUCAAAAUGUUUUUAUAACACACACUUUUUUAAUCUUGUCAAAAAUAAUUUCUUUUUAUAUAUUAAUAUAGACAAAAAUAUUUUGAACGUCCUUUUUAAUAAUGAAUUACAAAUGUUUUUAAAUAAUAAAAAUUUAAACUACAAAAAUUUAUAUCACAUGUUGAUAUAUAAUUGGAAGAAUAAAUAUAAUCAAUUUAAUAUACGACUUCUUUUAUAUAAAGUUAUUUUUAAAAAUAUUAUGAAAUAUAUAUUAUGUGUAAGAUAUGAUAAUAAAGAUAAUUAUUAUAAUAAUGAUUAUUAUUAUAAAUAUGAAAAAAAUAAAAAUUUAAAGGAAACACAAAUAAACAAUACAUAUGACAAUACUGAUAAGAAUGAUAAUGUAGACAAGAAUUAUUUUCACAUGCAUAAUAUCAUUUAUCUAUUUAAUAAAAAGAAUACAAAUAAAUUUAAAUCCUUACAUAUUAAGGAAUAUCAAAUGAAUAAAAAUCAAAUUAAUGAUAUGAUUAUGAGACAUGAUAAAAAUACAUUUAUUAUUCUUAAACAUUUAGAUUUUUUGGAUUUACAUAAAGACAAAUCUAAUUUUUUAUUUGAUAAAAAUAUAAUUAAUUUAAUUAUGUAUCAGCUAACCAGUGAAACUAUUAAUAUUCUAAAACAUUUAUAUACAUGUAAUUUAAAAACAAACAAACAAACAAAUAAUAAAGAUCAUGUUAAUCCAUCUAUUUAUUAUCUUACAAAAAAUAUAAACCUUUUAAUUAUUAUCUUAAAAACUAUGCUUAAUCUAAUUAAUUCAUUUAUUCAAAUUAUUAAUAUGAACAAUGCAGGUAAAAAAAAAUGCACUUUAAUAUAUCAUAAACAAAAAAAAGAGUGUAUUUUAUUUUCUGAAGAAUAUCAUAAAGAAAUAAAAAAUGAAAACACGACAACAAAACAAAUGAUGAAAGAGGAAAUAUAUUUAGAUUAUGUAGAUGGAUUUAAUAAAAAUUGUAUGAAAAAAAAAAAUUUUCAUAUCAUCAAAAAGAUAUUCAAAUUGUAUAUUAAUAUUAUAAAAACAGAAUAUAAAAAUAAAAGUAAUACAACAAAUGACAACGAUAAGAAAUUUUAUAUAUAUAUGAACGAAUUUAUAGAAUUAGGAAAAAUAAUUAUUUUUGUUUUUAAUUUUAUCAUUUUUUAUAUUAUCAACAACAUAAAGGAUACUAAUAUACAUAUCAAAAUGGAUGCACAUGUAGUAAAGAAUUUGAAAAAAAAAAGAUACAAGAAAAUAUUUUGUGAUAUUCAUAAUCUUUAUAAUUUAUUAAAAGAUCAAAAACAUUUCACUUGUUCAAAUGAAUUAAAAAAAAAACUGUUUAAAUUUUAUAAACAUUAUCAUGCUGUAAAUCAAAGAGUUAACAGCAAAAUGAAUGAUAAGAAUUAUUUUGCUUGUUUUAUGCAAUAUAAUUAUUUAGAAAAAAAUAAAAUAAAAUAUCUCAAAAUUUCAAAAAAAAUAUUUAUACAUUUUAAAAGCUUAACACCAGCUAUUAUAUGGAGUACUAACAUAGAAGAAAAUGAAUCUAAUGAUGAAAAUCAUAUUAUUCAAAAAAAUAAUAAUUUUAUGAUACCAAUACAAGAUAAUGAAGAAGAUAAUAUUAUCUUAUCUGCUACUUCAUUGUUAGAUAUACUAGCAGAUGAUACCAAUAAUAAUAUAACAGAAAAUAAUAAUCAUAAAGAAAAUGAUAAUAUGAAUGAGGAUGAAAAAAAAAAAAAAAAAAAAAGUGAUUUAAAAAAAAAAAAAAAUCAUACAGAUUUAUUUUAUAAUGUUACAUCAUUAUUAAAAUGUUUAAAAAUUAAUUUAAAAAAACAAAGUGCUCAAUCAGUUAUAAAAUCGAUCUACUAUUUGUUAUAUUCAUUAGUAGUCUUGUCAAAAAAAGUAAAGAUGAUAUUGAAACAAAAAAAUAUUGUGGAAGGGUGUGAAACGAAUCUCAGUGAUGUUGAAGAAAGUGAUCAAAAGAAUCAAAAUGUACAGGUCCAUAAAAAGGAUAAUAUUUUAGAUGAUAAUGAAAAAAGUGUACAUAAAAAGGAUAAAAUUUUAGAUGAUAAUGAAAAAAGUGUACAUAAAAAGGAUAAUAUUUUAGAUGAUAACAUUUUAGAUGAUAAUGAAAAAAGGGUCCAUAAAAAGGAUAAUAUUUUAGAUGAUAACAUUUUAGAUGAUAACAUUUCAGAUAAUAAUAUUUUAGAUGAUGAAGAAAGUUCAGAUGCUUCUCUUAAUAGUGAUGAUUAUUCUGAAGAAGAAGAAAAGAAAAAAAGAAAAUCGAUAAGUUCUAUAUAUAUUGAAGAUAUGAAAAAUUUAGAAAAACGUAUUGUACAUAUAUUAUUUACAUUUAAAGUAUUAAAAGAUAUAGAAAUGAAAGAUAUAGAUAAAUUAAAUAUAUCAAUAGAAAAAUAUUUAUAUAAAAUUAUAACAAUAAUAAUUAAAGAAAAGAAAAAUUUAGAAAUAUUACGUAUGUGUUUGAAAUGUUUAGAAUGUUAUCAUAAUAUAGAAAGUAAAAUAAUACAAGAUAAAAAAAAAAAUUUUGUAAUUAAUUAUUUGUUUGAGUUAAUACAAAUAAUAUAUCACAUUCCAAAAUUAAAAGAAUAUUAUUCAAAAUAUUUAAAUAUAUUUUUUAAAAGUUCAUUUGUAAGAUAUAUUAAUAUAAACGAAAUUUUUAAUGGUUCUUAUAAUUUUUAUUUUGAGUCUAUAUUAAAUAGAUUUAUAUCAGAUCUAGAUCUUAAUGAUUAUAUUAAUAAUAAUAAUAAUAAUAAAAAAAAAAUAAAUAAUAUGAAUUUAGAACAAAAAGAAUAUAUAACUAACAAAUUUAUUGAUAUUAUAAAAGAAACCAAUAAAAAAAUUUAUGUAAUGAAAGAUGAAAAUUAUCUUAAUUAUUUAAAUAUAAUAAAAAAUAAAGAUGCAAAUAAUAUUAGCACAUUGACUACAUUUUCUCUUAAUGAAUUAUCUCAUGUUAUACAAAAUAUAUAUAUACAUUUCAAUCAAAUAUUAACAGAUAAUUAUGCUUAUGCAUUUAAUAAAAAAGUAAAUUUAAAUUUAUUACUACUUUUAAAAAAAAUAGCAAAUAUGUUUUUUAUUAAGCAAAAUAAUAUUCAAAUGUAUAAAAAUCAAUUUAUAAAAUAUCUAUCAGAAUUCUUGAAUUUUCAAACACGUCUAGAUGAACAGUUGUCUACACAAAAAAUAUCUAUAAAUAUAAAUGAAUUCUUAAAAAAACUAUCUCUAUUAAUACAAACCAUAAAAUCAAUGAAAAUCUCAGACGAUCAAAAAUUUAAGGUAAAUGAUAUCAGACAAAUUAGUAACACCAGUACGACCAUUUCACUUUCUGAGCAUAUUAAAUCAGCCAAAAAAAAAAAAAGAAAAAAUACAAAAAGUGGAAUUCAUAUAAAAAAAAAGAUUAAAGUUGCAAAAUGA